AUGGCGCCUUCUUCCAGAUCUGCCUCCCACAACCUGGGACAGGUCGUCGAAUACAUCCCUGACCGCCUCUACCUCGCCGCUUAUAUCCAUCCUCCCACGGCCGACACACUCUUCCCCUACCCUGAGCCUCUGCAGUCCCCGAGGAAGAGGUCGCAACGCGCUGCUGAGGGCCCCAAGCCUGUUUCCGGCACCCCCAAGCCGGCGCCCUUCUACUUCACCGUUGACGACACCCUCCUGUACAACGCUUUCCACCACGACUUUGGCCCGCUCCACAUUGGCCAUUUGUACCGCUUUGCGCUGCACUUUCACGAUGUGCUCGGUGCCAAGGAGAACAAGGACCGGCCCAUUGUCUUCUGGAGCCGGGCUGACCCGCGCAGUAUGUUCACACCCCUCGUCGCCGUCAUUGAAACCGCACUCGUUGCUAACAUUUCGGGGUUCCCAGGCCGCGCCAAUGCUGCUUGCAUGCUCGCGUGCUACAUGGUCCUCAUCCAGGGAUGGCCGCCUCACCUGGCCCUUGCGCCCAUGGCCCAGGUCGACCCUCCUCUGAUGCCCUUCCGUGACGCCGGGUACAGCCAGGCUGAUUACGGCAUCACUGUACAGGACGUUGUCUACGGUGUCUGGAAGGCCAAGGAGGAGGGGUGCUGCGCUCUCGACAACUUUGACCUCGACGAGUACGAAAAGUACGAGAGGGUCGAGCAUGGCGACUUCAACUGGAUCUCGCCCAGCUUCCUCGCCUUUGCCUCCCCUCAACAGACCCCCAUCGCCAAGAUCCCCGAGGGGACCCCAGAGUGGGAUAAGCUGCCCACCACCAUCGCCGAGGUCGAUGCUCACGCCACGCUACCUGUGCCUUUCAAGAAUGUUCUCAAGCACUUCAGCGAAAGGGACAUCGGGCUCGUCGUCCGACUGAACUCACAACUUUACUGCCCCUCGUACUUUGAGGCGCUGGGCAUCCAGCACCUCGACAUGAUCUUUGAUGAUGGUACGUGCCCGACCAUGCCGACGGUUCGCAAAUUCAUCCGACUCGCUCAUGAGAUGAUCACCGUCAAGAAGAAGGGCAUCGCUGUCCACUGCAAGGCUGGUCUCGGAAGGACAGGCUGCUUGAUCGGUGCCUAUCUGAUCUACCGCCACGGCUUCACGGCGAAUGAGGUCAUUGCCUUUAUGCGCUUCAUGAGACCUGGCAUGGUUGUCGGGCCCCAGCAGCACUGGUUGCACAUUCACCAGGGCACAUUCCGUGAGUGGUGGAUUGAGGAGCGCGUCGAACGCAAGUUGAGGAAGGAGAUGGCCGCCGCCGCUCAUGCCACACCCAGCACGCCCAUUCGUGCCAUGCAAAAGGCUUCACUCCGUAACCCCCAGGCAACGACGCCGUCUCCCCAGCGAAGUGCCUCAAACCGUACUCCCCUCAGCGAGGUCAACGAUGAGCGCGGUAAUGCCAGCUCACGCAAAACCGGCCGUGCCGACCGCCACCACCCUUACUCGCGUGCCCCUUCGUACUCGGCCACACUCGAGGAGGAAGGCGGCGUUGAGCACGAGACUGAGGUCCUCUCGGUUCACAGGCGAUCCAACGCCGGCGAGUCGGAUGAGGAGAUUCACCUCCGCAUGCGUGCGCACCGCAAACCUUCCGAGUCACCAAGCCGUUCAGAGAAGAUGCGAUCCUACAGCUCGACCACAACAACCGUGUACCACAAGUACAUCGACAACGACUCUACCCACGAUGUCGAGAACAUGGGCAGCCCUGCCCGUGUCAAGGCAAUGGACCGUGAGCGCGCUAGCAGUGCGUCGGGCAUCCUGACCAAGGUCCGCAGCAGCAAGCGCGGCACCGAGUCACCUCUUCGCUCCAAGGAUGGCGUCCGCAAGACCAGCGGCCGUGUCGGCAGCAUCAGCGGCGCCCCGUCCUCAGCAACGGCGCGGAAGGUUUCCAACGGCAUCUAG